AUGGCGUCGGAGGGGAUGAUUUUAACGAACCACGACCACCAAAUCCGCGUCGGCGUCCUCACAGUGAGUGACAGUUGCUUCAGGAACCUUGCCGAGGAUCGUAGUGGGAUAAACCUUAAAGAUCUGGUCCAAGACCCUUCUUUGUUGGGUGGGAUUAUAGCUGCAUACAAGAUAGUGCCAGAUGAAAUAGAAGAAAUCAAGGAGACACUGAUAGACUGGUGUGAUGAAAAGGAACUUAAUUUGAUUCUAACCACUGGAGGAACAGGGUUUGCACCACGAGAUGUCACUCCAGAGAAAUUCCCAACAUUCCCAUUAUGUGGGCUCCAGAGAGGGGCCACUAAAGAAGUAAUAGAACGAGAAGCCCCAGGAAUGGCCCUGGCGAUGCUGAUGGGAUCACUCAAUGUUACUCCUCUGGGCAUGCUCUCUAGACCUGUGUGUGGAAUCAGAGGGAAAACUCUCAUAAUCAAUCUGCCGGGUAGCAAGAAAGGGUCACAGGAAUGCUUUCAGUUUAUACUGCCAGCCCUACCUCAUGCCAUUGAUCUUUUGCGGGAUGCCAUUGUAAAAGUAAAGGAGGUGCACGAUGAGCUUGAAGAUCUACCUUCACCACCACCUCCUCUUUCUCCUCCUCCAACCACCAGCCCUCACAAGCAGACGGAAGACAAAGGAGUGCAGUGUGAGGAAGAGGAGGAAGAGAAGAAGGAUAGUGGAGUUGCCUCAACAGAGGACAGUUCUUCUUCACACAUAACAGCAGCAGCCAUUGCAGCUAAGAUUCCAGAUUCCAUCAUCUCUCGUGGUGUUCAGGUGCUUCCACGUGAUACAGCCUCCCUCAGUACUACUCCCUCAGAAUCUCCUCGUGCCCAGGCCACCUCUCGUCUCUCCACUGCAUCCUGCCCCACACCAAAACAAAUUAGACGGCCGGAUGAAAGCAAAGGAGUUGCUAGUAGAGUUGGAUCCCUCAAACUCCACUAUAGGUUGGAAGGGCUUAAAGAUGAACUGAGGAGGAAUAGAGGCUACAACUCGAGAGUCCAGUCUAGGUGCAGCAGCAAGGAGAACAUCCUCAGAGCAAGUCACAGUGCUGUUGACAUUACCAAGGUAGCAAGAAGACACCGCAUGUCUCCAUUCCCGUUGACAUCUAUGGACAAGGCCUUCAUCACAGUUCUGGAGAUGACCCCAGUGCUUGGAACAGAAAUCAUCAAUUACAGAGAUGGAAUGGGCCGAGUCCUUGCUCAAGAUGUAUAUGCAAAAGAUAAUCUACCACCGUUUCCAGCAUCAGUUAAAGACGGCUACGCCGUCAGAGCUGCUGAUGGCCCAGGAGAUCGAUUCAUCAUAGGAGAGUCCCAGGCCGGUGAGCAGCCCACGCAGACUGUGAUGCCUGGCCAGGUGAUGCGGGUUACAACCGGUGCUCCCAUUCCAUGUGGUGCUGAUGCCGUGGUGCAGGUGGAAGAUACAGAGCUCAUCAGGGAAUCAGACGAUGGCACUGAAGAACUGGAGGUUCGAAUCCUUGUGCAGGCUCGACCAGGCCAAGAUAUCAGACCUAUAGGACAUGACAUUAAAAGAGGUGAAUGUGUGCUGGCUAAAGGAACCCACAUGGGUCCUUCUGAGAUUGGUCUCUUAGCAACUGUUGGAGUAACUGAAGUAGAAGUUAACAAGUUUCCAGUGGUUGCAGUCAUGUCAACAGGGAAUGAGCUACUGAACCCUGAGGAUGACCUCUUGCCAGGAAAGAUUCGGGACAGUAACCGUUCAACUCUCCUAGCUACAAUCCAAGAACAUGGCUAUCCAACAAUCAACUUGGGAAUUGUGGGAGAUAACCCAGAUGAUUUACUGAAUGCAUUGAAUGAGGGUAUCAGCCGUGCUGAUGUGAUCAUUACAUCAGGAGGUGUAUCUAUGGGGGAAAAGGACUAUCUUAAGCAGGUGCUGGAUAUUGACCUUCAUGCACAGAUUCACUUUGGCAGAGUUUUUAUGAAACCAGGCCUGCCAACAACUUUUGCAACUCUGGAUAUUGAUGGUGUAAGAAAAAUAAUCUUUGCUCUCCCAGGCAACCCUGUGUCAGCUGUUGUCACCUGCAAUCUCUUCGUUGUUCCUGCGCUUAGGAAAAUGCAAGGUAUCCUGGAUCCUCGGCCCACCAUCAUCAAAGCCAGGUUAUCAUGUGAUGUAAAACUGGACCCCCGCCCAGAAUACCACCGGUGCAUACUGACUUGGCAUCACCAAGAACCACUGCCUUGGGCACAAAGUACAGGGAAUCAGAUGAGCAGUCGUCUGAUGAGCAUGCGGAGUGCCAAUGGACUGUUGAUGCUACCUCCAAAGACAGAGCAGUAUGUGGAACUUCACAAGGGGGAGGUGGUGGAUGUCAUGGUCAUUGGAAGGCUAUGA